GCAAGCCUGCUUUGAUGAUUUUUGACAAAGCUACCUCCCCACGGAGAUACACGAAACACCGUCGGUUCCCUCAGAAAAGACACACACUAAUUGUCCAAUUCAAAGAAGAAAAACGAACAAGGGGGACUUAAAACUGUCAAAAUAUUUAAAACGAAUAUAUACUGACUCGUUGGAAUUUUUCGUGAGAAACAGGAGAGAUUUGUCUCGUGAAAAGGUGCCUUUUUGACAGAGCUUUUGCAGCUAUAGGCGCUCGAGACGAGAGUGAAACGAAAGUUGGGAGCAAAAACGAAUCUUUCCAAAAGGGAAACGACUGGACACUUCGCCUCUCCACUCACUCCAUUUCCUCGCCUUCAAGUCACAAACACGUCGGCUGAGAUGCGGCUGCCAGUUACCUGGAGUUAAAUGCUAACGUUAGUCCAUGAGAGGAGAGUGCGAGUUUGGCAAAGGACGAGGAGAAAGAAGAAGAGGGCUAUUUCCUGAAACAGAGGGACCGAGGGACAGAGCAGGGAGAGGACAUGUCUCUUUGGGUCAUACUACCUGUUAGUCUGCCUUCCUUGACCAUCACUGGAAUAUGGGUUGUGUACGUCAUGGCCCUGUACAACCAGCACGUCUGCCCUGUGGAUAACUGGUUAUAUAACCAGUCGUGUGACAAGGAGCUGUAUCUACAGAGUGGACCAACGUUGUGCUGUACUCUAGACAAUGUUCCACUCAUCAGUAAAUGUGGGACUCUUCCUCCAGAAAGCUGCUUCUUCAGCCUCAUCUGCAGCGCUGGAUCCUUCAUGGUGAUGGUGAUAGUAUUCCUACGUUAUGCCCAUGUGAUAGAGAAGUAUCAGAACUGUGUGUUGAACACAGCAGGCCUAUCCACCGGCUGGAUAUGUGCUGCAGGACUCAUCAUGAUUGGCAACUUCCAGGUGGACAAUGCUAAGAUCCUCCACUAUGUGGGGGCAGGGGUAGCGUUCCCCACCAGUAUGCUGUUUGUGUGUCUUCAGUCGGCUCUAACCUACAGGCUGGCCAAGACUCAGGGAGAAUACAGCGUGGCUCACCUACGACUGGGCAUGACACUACUGGCCUUCAUCACCCUGGUGCUUACUGGCGUGUUCUUUAUCCAGGAGAGCUUCGUCCUGCAGCAUGCAUCGGCCAUCUUUGAGUGGGUAUUCUGCAUCAUCAUCAUGCUCUUCUACGGAACCUUUGCCUUCGAGUUCACCGGUGUCACAGGAGAUACUGUGAUGGUGCUAGCCAGAGGGGGAGCCCUGGGGCCCAACAGGAGAGGCCACAAAGUGGAGUCCUUAGGAGGUCCCAUUCCACACCCCCCUGAGACCAUGUCAAUGCUUUAGUCCCUGGGAGAGAAGCCAGAGAGCUGGCCUGUACCAUUAUCAAUCUGGGGGAGGUGGAGCGACUUUUGAGUAUCCAUUUCCAAAACACCACCAUUGCAGGGUGUGAAGUGGACUAUGCCAAUGCCACAUAAGCCCAGGGGAGUGGAGUAGACACUGGAGGAGAUGGGGGUCCCAGCCUCCAAAGACAAUGCUUGUGUUUGCACGUCACUAAAGGAACCAAAUCCUCUUUUCCUUUUCUUUCAUCCCCCCUUUUUCCAGCCAAAGGAGGAGUGGUGCUUUACAGGAAGUGUUCCCUGCUGCUGUCGGACGUCACUGUCGUCUGGACACAGGUUAAGAGAGGAGGGCAGACGGCCAGAGAGCGUGAGAGGCUGUAUCAUGAGAAAGAGAGGCUGAUAGAAAACUAGAGGAAUGCAUUUGAGAAAAGAGAUACUGCCUGUGUGGGAGAGCUAGGCCUGUGUAAUGUUAGAUUUGCACAUGAAAUCUCUUUAUUUUCAGAGACCGUUUAGUGAGCAGACAUGACUGUUUCCCCCAGUGCUAGAGUCCAAACAAGGCAAAAAGCCUCCGUCCUUAAAAACGCACAAUAACAAUACCAUGACACCCGGGUCUCACAGGUCCCAAUAUGCCAAAUGGAAUAUUCUGAAUAUUUAAAAUGGGUAAAUUGACUCUCCUCACAUAUAGUGAAAGGCUAGCUAAAACGAAUGUGUUCAUGACAUGGAUGCUUCUCUGAUGAACAGUAUCUUGUACAUUGAAACCCGGGUUUAAACCUGGGAAUAUCUGGCUGCCAGAAUUACCUUCUUUUUUUCUACUGAAGCUAUGUAAACAUGCCUUAUAAAGCUGGACAUUGUAAUGCAGACUGUACAAAUCUGUUUUUUCCUCAUGAUUAUUAGAUGAACUUGAGUAUAUGGAAAGCCAAACCUCCAAUAGUAUUUUAUAAAUGUUGACUGUAAAAGUUCAACCUAAACUUAUGGGUGUUGGGAGGGGAGAAGAGGACUGGAAGAAUCCAACUGUAAACCAGCUAAUACAAGCCAGAGCUGUGCCUGGGCUGAUCGAGUUAAAUCACAGAAAUAUGAAAAAGUCUGAAAAAUGGAGAAUCUAUUUAUAAUCAAAGAAACAAUAAGUGGACACGCCUUCUCUAUUUCAGAGCUCCCCCUUUUUUCUAUUUGUCAGCCUGGGUGUCAAUCUGUUUCUGCUUCAGACAGCGUGUUACCGUCCCUGACGGCGUGUUACCGUCCCUGACGGCGUGUUACCAUCUUAGUCAACUUGUCAGUUGUUUUGCAAGGGUACAAUGUAUUGUUGAACGCUGAAACUACAGAACAUUCCUACAUCCGGCUUAUCUUCUUAGCUUUCUGUUCCUUUUGUUUGUCCUGGCAUAGGGCCAACAGGGAACGGGAUGGAGCUUCUACUUGCUGCUGUUCUUCCAUAGAAUGUAGAGACAAACCAUCCGUAUCCAUAGAAUGUAGAGAGACAAACCAUCCGUAUCCAUUAUCCUGCCUGGAACUACACUGCCAAACUAUCCUCCUGCCUUUCAGAGCUUGUGCUAAGAGAUCUUAUUAUGCAAAUCGGUCUCCACUGUUUCAAUGCUGCCACAUUAGCUAUGAUAAUGAAUAAUAAAUUGGUGGUGCUUAUAUUUGUCCUAUUUCACACAUGUACAAGUAUGUGUUAAUACACAUGUGUGAAUUAGAUUUUGUUUGUUUCUUGCAUAUCUCAACUCCGGCUGAGAGACCCGUGGAGAGUGGGGUCACAGACAGGUUCAGCCAUUAUCAACAGCGAAGCAAUUAGGGUUAAGUGCCUUGCUCAAAGGCAGAUCAUAAGAUUUUUCACCAUGUUGUCUCGGGAUUUGAACUAGCAACCUUUCGGUUACUGGCCCAAUGCUCUAAGCGCAGGCUACCUGCCACCCUAGCGGCGGUGGAUUGCAGAACGAUAUGUAGAGUCUAUAGUUUUACAACAACAAAAAUUAUUCUGAGAGAGUUUGUCACUUACUGAUGAAGUUAAUCUAAUAGUAAACAUUAGUAGACUGGUGUUUGUGGAGGGGAAAAAGUGUUCCAUUAGCCCCUUUUUAGUGUAGACAGAUUACUGCACAGAGCUCUUUUGCAUUUACAUCAUUUAGAAGACGCUCUUAUCCAGAGCGACUUACAGUAGUGUGUGCAUACAUUUUCAUUCGUACUGGUACCCCAUGGGAAUCGAACCAACAACCCUGGCGUUGCAAGUACCAUGCUCUUCUAUUGCUAUCAACUGGUUCAAUGUGGCCUUAUCAACUGUUGGACGAGUAUAAGGCCUGUGUAUUCUGACUGAACGCUGUGCCAACCAAUCCUCAACAUGAAGUUCAUCAUCCAUCUGUAUUAGUGCCAGAAAAUCAAUUGAAUUCUGAUUAAUUGAAUCUCCGUUUUCAAGUGGCCUUUAAAUGCUAUUUUCUUGAAACUGUCUUAAUAAAUCUCACUGACCCAGUAUUGACUUACUCUGCCAAAUGUUAUCAAAUCAUAUGAGAGAGCUUCAAGAAGUAGGAGGAAAUUUUAACCUAGAUACUUAUCCAGGAUCAGUUUCGCAUAUUUCCUCAAUGAUUAGGAUUGGGCCAGGUUUAAUGUCUACGCUGAGCAUCGUGGUCAUUAGUCACCAAAUGGAAAUAAACUGUCUGAAACCUGUCAAAUUAAAAAUUCAAAUUUCCACGGUCAAUUUCAGAACAUUAUAUAACAUUUUCUGUUACAUGUCUUAAUAUGACCCUUGUCAAUGUUCUGUUUCUCUGUUUACUGAUCUACCUUCAAACUUUUACCUCUCAGGAAUCUGUUACAUCACCAGCUGGCCGCAAUCAGUGAUUCUAAACAAAACUUCACUUUUUAAAAUAUAUUGUGUUUUUUUUUUUGUAUAUUCGAUUGUGUUUUAGGGAACUUGUUUUGACAUUUCAAUAUUGUAGUGCCAUUGGCUUUGCCCAUAUCUGACCUGAUUGGUCACGCCAUGGUUCUAUGUUCUAUACAGAACCAUAUAUUUACAUAUGGAGCUGGUUCUAUGCUUUAUCAAAGGUCAACACUAUCUUGUAGAAAUAGCAGUGGUGUUAUAAGUGCUUCAUUAAGACAUCCUCAAAACGGUUGAUGGAUAAUCAUUAGUUUGGUUGCGUUUUAUUUGUACAUCAUCCAAAGGGUCUCUCGAAGGCUCUAAGUUGGCACACGUGUACUCUCACAGAGUAGAGAACAUUCCUCUAUCUAGCUGUUGUCCUCAUUGGUAUGUUCAUUGUCUUACCUACCUACAGAUAUCCAAAUCAAAAUAGUGCCAUAUUCUACUGAAAUGUAGAGAACAUGUAUGUGCCUUUUUUAUUUUGAUGAAACCAAAGAAAGAUGUUCCAGGUUUAGUGUUUAUGAGAGAAGGAAGAUGUAUAUUUGCCUUAAAUUGUUCUACAAUAAAACUGUAAAAGUA